UCAAAACUUACACGAGUUUCAUGAGUUGAGUUUUUGUUUUUUUUUUUUUUUUUUUUUUGGUUGUAGUUAUAUUUCAAUAUUGUUCGUUUUUACUUAAUUUUACUCGUUUUUAUUAUUUGCAUACAAAUUUCAAAAUUAGAAAUUAGAAAGAAAAAAAAAGAAAUAGAGAUUUAUACUAAAACAUAAACAAGUCCCUUUAAAAGGAGUACUUUCUAUUUUUCACCGUAAUAAAUGGGACCCCACCACUUGUAACCUAAUACCAAGAAGACAAGAGUGGUUGGUCCUCUUCCCCACUUUCUUUUAUUCCUCUAUAAAAUAAAAUAAAAUAAUCUCACCAUUUUGCAAAUCCCAUUCCCCAAUCCCAAUGGCCUUCUUCUCUCCUCUCUCUUUCUUCCUCCUCCUCCUCCUCUCUUCCACUCUUUCCCACGCCCACGCUUGGGUCGGCGUUAACUACGGUCGAAUCGCCGACAACCUUCCUUCUCCCGACAAAGUCGUUCAACUCCUCAAAUCCCAUGGAAUCGACCGUAUUAAACUUUUCGAUACUGAGUCCACCGUCCUUUCCGCUUUAUCUAACUCUAACAUCUCCGUAGUCGUCGCCCUCCCUAACGAACACCUCUCCUCCGCUGCCGCUGAUCCUUCCUUCACCGACAAUUGGGUGCAAUCCAACAUCUCCCAUUUUUACCCCUCAACCAAAAUCGACGCCAUCGCCGUUGGCAAUGAAGUCUUCGUCGACCCCAACAAUACUACCAAAUUCCUCGUCCCCGCUAUGCAAAACGUUUACGCCUCGCUUCAAAAGUUCAACCUCCAUAACAACAUUAAAGUCUCCUCCCCCAUUGCUCUCAGCUCCCUCGCUUCUUCUUACCCAACUUCCUCCGGUUCGUUCAGACCUGACUUAAUCGAACCCGUCAUUAAACCCAUGCUCGAUCUCCUACGUCAAUCCCAAUCCUAUCUCAUGGUUAACGUUUACCCUUUCUUCGCUUACGUCGGUAACGCCGACAAAAUCUCGAUCGAUUACGCUCUGUUUCGUGAAAACCCCGGCGUUGUCGACUCCGGCAAUGGGUUAAAAUACUCGAAUCUCUUCGAGGCUCAAGUGGACGCUGUAUUCGCAGCUAUGUCGGCGAUAAAAUACGACGACGUUCCGUUGGUGGUGACGGAGACAGGGUGGCCGUCGCAAGGGGAGGAGAAUGAAAUCGGAGCGAGUACAGAGAAUGCGGCGGCGUAUAACGGAAAUUUAGUGAAGAGGGUAUUAACGGGGAGUGGAACGCCGUUGAGACCAAAGGACCCACUUAACGUAUAUUUAUUUGCAUUAUUCAAUGAGAAUCAAAAACCGGGGCCCACUUCAGAGAGGAAUUACGGUUUGUUUUACCCAAACGAAGAGAAGGUUUAUGAGAUUUCCUUAACAGGCGAUGUGGUAGGGGCGACGCCCCCCGAUUCGAAUGGGAGUAAAGUUGAGGUAACAGGGCAGACGUGGUGUGUGGCCAAUGAGAAUGUUGGGGCAGAGAAAUUACAAGCCGGUUUGGACUAUGCUUGUGGUGAAGGACAGGCUGAUUGCCGUUCCAUUCAACAGGGUGGCGCUUGUUACGAUCCCAACUCCCUUCAAGCACAUGCUUCCUAUGCUUUUAAUAGUUAUUACCAAAAGAUGAAACGUGCGGCUGGCACCUGUGAUUUUGGUGGUGCUGCCUAUAUCGUCACUCAACCUCCACAGUAUGGAAAAUGCGACUUCCCCUCGCAGUAAUAAAUCAGUUUCUUCCCAUAUACACAGACGAAUUGAUUCAUAAGCAUUUUUGAAUUUUAUAUAUGGAUUCACUUUUUUACUUUCUAUUUUAUGUUCAAUUUUUCCUUUUUAAGAAUUCUUAUUAUAUAUUUAUUAUUAUUAUUUGUAAUUAAUCUAUGUACCUUAAUUAUUUAAUAUUAAAGUUUACAGUAGUUCGACUA